AUGAGCACCCAGAAGCAGGUGGUCACAGUUCGAGACCUGGUAGAGGAAGCCAAGAAGCGGAUUGUAAUCCUGGUGAUAUGCAUCGUCGGACUUUCCUACCUCCUGUCGCUGACAAGUUCAUCGGUUUGGGUUAACCUCCCUGCUGCUGCGUGCUUGAUCAUCCUCCUUCGUUACUUCUCAUUCGAUAUCGAAAUGAAAAGAAAGGCCGCUGCUUACAGCAAUAAGCCUUCGUCUCUGAAUGCACCGUCGUUAACGAAACCUCCAGAGCUCCCUAAAGCAGCUCCACGGUCUGACUGGAGAAGCAAAGUGAACUCUCAGGUCGUUGAGGACGCGAUUGAUCACUUUACCCGUCACCUCAUUUCUGAAUGGGUAUUGGAUCUCUGGUACUCCCGCUUAACACCGGAUAAGCAAGGUCCUGAAGAGCUGGUGUUUAUUAUAAACGACGUUCUCGGAGAGCUUUCGCGGCGGUUUAGAAACGUGAAUCUCAUUGAUCUAUUGACAAGGGAUCUUAUUGAUAUUAUAUGUCGUCGAGUGGAGAUUUUCCGUGAGUGUCAAGUAAAGAUAGAGAGACAACAAAAAAGGAGAGUCCUCAGUUUUGAAGACCGAGACUCAGAACUAAAACGUGUGAUGGCCAAGGAAGAUAAAUUGCACCCAGCAUUAUUCUCUCCUGAAUCCGAGCAUAAGGUUCUGCAGCAUAUAGUGGAGAGUCUAAUUUCACUAACAUUUAGGCCAGAAGAUCUACACUGUUCUUUUUUCCAUUAUACCGCGAGGGAGCUUCUUGCUUGCUGUGUGAUGCGACCAGUCCUAAAUCUAGCCAAUCCUCGGUUCAUAAAUGAGAGGAUUGAAGCUGCUGUGAUAUCAAGGAUAAAGACUAAUGACAGACCUAGUGCUGCAGAAGGGACUUCUCAAUCUGAAGAUCUCUCGAAAGUUUCUCCUGAUCAUUUUUCUAGAGAUCUGGACCCUUCUGUCACAGGUGUUGAGCUUGUGCUAUUGAAAAAUGAACAGCAGAAAAGGAAAAGCGCUGCAGAUAAACAGCAUGUAGCAGAUUUAUCCAAAGAUCCCUUGCUUUCAAUGGACACUCGAUCUUCCCGAUCGUGGAACUCCUUCCCCGUAACUUCCAAAAUAGUUGAUGAUAGUAAACAUCCUAAAGGACAUCAAGGAGGAGAGGGAUGGGGUGAUGUAUUAGAUAUGAUGUCGCAAAGGAAAACUGAGACCCUUGCUCCUGAGCAUCUCGAAAGCGUAUGGGCAAAAGGAAGAAACUAUAAAAGGAAGGAAGGUGCAAAAGUUGUUGAGCACGUGAGAUGGUCUAGCAAGGAAUCUGGUGAUAAUGCACGGCCCAACAACUUCAAUGAAAACACUGUGAAUGCAAGGGGAUCCGGUCAGCAUAGUGUCGCAAAUACAGAGAGUCACUUAUCAGGUUAUUCCUCUGCUGAAGAGGAGGAGGAACAACCGAAGAGUAGCCAUUCUUAUACAUCUGAGGAUGAGGAAACGGUAACAGGUCUGAACAGUCCUGGUACUCGAGUCUGGGAUGGUCGAACCAACAGAAAUCCUGGUGUUUCACGGAUACACCAUCCACUUGAAAACGCUGGCCGCCGGUUCAAAAAGACCAGUAAAGAUCAUGAUCGUUAUCAGCAAGUACCUACGCAUCAAUCUGGCAGAAAGAGAUCCAGAAUUUCUGGACACAUAGUAGGCGAUGUAGGUGAUGAUGACAGCGAUGAUUCUGGUGAUGGUUCUUUGGAUAGAUCAUACAGUGGAAUGUCUGCAACCUCGUCUGCAUCAUACUAUUCAGUGGCGGAAACUGACCUUCCCAAUGCCCCUAGAAGUUCUUUGUUGGUGGAUUCCUUUGCCAAGUUGAGAUGUGAGGUUCUGGGUGCAAAUAUUGUGGAGAGUAGUUCUAAGAUGUUUACUGUGUAUUCAAUUGCUGUCACAGAUGAGAGUAGUCAUAGCUGGUCUAUCAAAAGAAGAUUUCGACAUUUUGAGGAGCUACAUCGGCGGCUUAAAGUGUUUCAGGAGUACAAUCUUCAUUUACCGCCGAAGCAUUUCCUAUCGACAGGCGUGGACAUACCUGUUAUCCAAGAGCGAUGUGUACUACUUGAUGACUAUCUUAAGAAGCUUUUGCAGCUUCCAAGAUUAUCAGGAUCAAUUGAAGUUUGGGACUUCCUCAGUGUGGAUUCCCAGACUUAUGCUUUCUCAAGUUCUUUCUCAAUCGUUGAGACACUAACGGUUAAACCUGUCAGUAAGACAUCUACUGUCACUAAAAAUGUGGCCAAUAUCAAUGAGGCAACUUCAGGUCCUCUUCCUUGGAGAGAAAAUCUUAGUUCAGAGAAUGGGAAAUCGGGUCAACAUAUGAGGAAUAAUGUUAUGGUGGAUGAUCUGAAGUCAAAGGUGAAAGCUCCUGGUAAUAAUCAUAUGAAGACGCCGGAUUUAGAUGUUAGAAAUAGCAAAGAGAAUGGCGGGCUAAAAGUGGGUACUCAACAUGCUGCUGAUGUUGCCUCUGCCGGCCUUCCCACAGAGUGGGUUCCUCCAAAGCUAACAUUGCCGCUGCUAGACUUGGUAGAUGUUGUCCUUCAGCUCCAGGAGGGUGGGUGGAUCAGGCGGAAAGCUUUUUGGGUUGCCAAACAGAUACUUCAACUUGGGAUGGGCGAUGCAUUAGACGAUUGGGUACUCGAGAAAAUUCGUCUUCUGCGGCAGGGAACGGUAGUUGCUUCUGGCAUUCAACGUGUUGAGGAGAUACUAUGGCCGGAUGGGAUAUUCAUGACAAAGCAUCCAAAAAGGCAGCAACAAUCCAGUAUUUCUGAAGAGGAGCAGAAAGAAGAAGCAGAGAGACGAGCAAAGUUUGUUCAAAAGCUAAUGAUUGAAAAAGCCCCAGCAACUAUAGUAAGUCUUGUGGGUCAUAAGGAGUAUGAACAAUGUGCGGAAGAUCUCUACUUCUUCCUUCAGUCAUCGGUGUGUCUAAAGCAAUUAGCAUUUGACCUUGUGGAGCUGUUGCUGCUCUCUGCGUUUCCGGAAAUGGAGAAGACUUUCAAACAGUUGCACAAUGAGAAACACCUCUUUGGUCAAUUCACACCACCAAACUGA